UGUUCUGUUGGACUUGAUAAAGUUCAGCCGGAAGUUUUUCACUGUGACACCUCAUAACUUCCAAAGAGCCAAAACAUGAUGAAUAUUUGCAUUUAAUGUCCACUUUUUUUAGUGUUGCUCUACGAGUUAAACUAGCAGCUAAAUAAAAUGGCUGCUUCCUCAGACUCGGACAAAGCGUCAGUUUCUAAUGUAGAAGAAAACAGAAGUCGUCUCUGCGAUGAGUUUGCUGCUGUAGCGGGAACAGACAUCGCUGUGGCUCAGUGCUACCUGGCAGAAAAUGACUGGGAGAUGGAGAGAGCUUUAAACUCAUUCUUUGAGGCUGACAUGGAGAAAGUAUUUGAAGUAGAAGAUUCUCCAGAGAGAGAGACCGGACCCCCAACCAAGAGACAGAAGACUGGAGAAAAACCUCCUCAAGACUGCAUUGAUUUGACUGAAGAGAGUCCUGCCUCCUCAAGCAAACCCUCAGAGGAAGAUAACAACAAACUGUCGCUGAUCUCCUGGAACGUGGAUGGACUUGACACAGACAACCUUGCUGAACGUGCCAGGGGCCUGUGCUCCUUCUUAGUUUUAUACACUCCUGAUGUGGUGUUCCUGCAGGAGCUCAUUCCACCUUAUAUCCAGUACUUGAAGAAACGGGCCGUCAGCUACCUGAUCAUUGAAGGUGGUGAAGAAGGUUACUUCACUGGGAUAAUGCUGAAGAAGUCACGAGUCAAACUGGUGGAGUCUGAGAUAGUAACUUACCCCACCACUCAAAUGAUGAGGAAUCUGCUUGUUGCCCAGGUGAAUUUCAAAGGGCAGAAGCUGUGUCUGAUGACAUCCCACCUCGAAAGCUGUAAGGGCCAAGCACAAGAGCGGAUGAAGCAGCUGCGAGUGGUGAUGCAGAGGAUGAGGGAAGCACCUGAUGAUCUCACCGUCGUGUUCGGAGGGGACACAAACCUGAGGGACACAGAGGUGGCCAAGGUAGGUCUGCCUUCCAAAGUCUGUGAUGUCUGGGAGUGCCUGGGCAAGCAGGAGCACUGCCGCUACACAUGGGACACCAAAGCUAACAACAACAAGACCGUUCCCUACGUAAGCCGCUGUCGCUUCGACCGGGUCUACUUCCGCCCUGCAAGCAAGGAUGGAGUCCCGCGUCAGGCUCCUGACCACAUGGCCUUGGUGGGGCUGGAGAAGCUGGACUGUGGCCGCUACAUCAGUGAUCACUGGGGGAUCUACUGUAGCUUCUCUGCUGGUUAGAGUGACACAAAACAAGUUGAAACACAAAACUACUGUUUUAGAUAAGCUGGUCUAGUUUGUUUUUCUGUUUGUUUUCUUGCAUUAUGGUUUCAGACCACGGUUACACUUUCUCUGUGAAAGAUAAUAUUCUGACCUCAUCUGAGGUUGGUUGCCUGUAAAUUUAUGAUCUUGAUUUGAUUGAUUUUAUCCUCCAUUGUGUUUCUGGAUGUCUGGAUGUCUCUGCUAAAGUUUU